AUGAUCGCCUUAGCCAGAGCUAAAAGCACCCAAACCGUGCGAAAUCUUUCUUUUUCCCUGGGAGUCGCUCAGGCGGACGUGGGGGUGGGGGGAGGAGAGAGAAGAGUGCUGAGAAGUCAGCACACUCUGAAGAACUUUCCUUCCUCCUCUCCUGAAGUUACAAAAAAUAACGACAGGCAGAUCAGCCGGCGGCUCUCUGGCGUCUCGGAUUCAAACUCAUCCGACCUAGAAGGGGGUUCCUUGUCCACGAGGACGAGACCAGGCGAGAUCUCCCUAGACAGGGGCGGCCUCUUGGCUUCGGAAGCUGCGCACGGCGUGCGGGGGCUCCUUCUCGCGGCCGGCGGGCGGCGGCAGUGGCUGCGAUUCGCAGGCUCGAGAUCCGUUGCCCUGAGAUCCGCUGCCCUCGACUUACCUCCUGGCACUUUGAAGCGCGAGGGACAAGAGAGCUUUGCAAAUAGCAGUAGGGAGUGGAUGCGAGGAGGUGGCGGUGAGAAGGCGAGAGGGCUGGGCAGCAGCGCCGGGCAAUGCCGGCCCCGGGGUUGGACGGCUGAACCCAGUCUGCUCUGCCGCGGGACUCAAACUGGGAGGGGGCGCCAGCGCACCCAGGACGUGGAGCCCCAAGGGACCCGACUCCACGCUGCAAACUCAAGUCCCCCGCUUGCUGGGCCAAAUACACUCCCGCGCCGGUUCGCAGCUGCUGCCCUGGGUGUUCCAAAGGCUCUGGCCAAGAUCUGCGCCUCCGGGGUCUUCCUACCCGCCACUCAACUGCUCCGCAUCGCCACUCCUGGCCCCCAACGGACUCCACCCGGCACCGCGGUGCCCCGGUUGCGGCCGCCGCACGACAACCGCACCAUGGUGGAGAUCAUUGCCGACCACCCGGCCGAACUUGUCCGCACCGACAGCCCCAACUUCCUGUGCUCGGUGCUGCCCUCGCACUGGCGCUGCAACAAGACCCUGCCCGUGGCCUUCAAGGUGGUAGCCCUCGGAGAGGUACCAGAUGGGACUGUGGUUACUGUCAUGGCGGGUAACGAUGAAAAUUACUCUGCUGAGCUUCGAAAUGCCUCUGCUGUUAUGAAAAACCAAGUUGCAAGGUUCAACGAUCUGAGAUUUGUGGGCCGGAGUGGACGAGGCAAGAGUUUCACCUUGACCAUAACUGUCUUCACAAAUCCUCCCCAAGUAGCCACCUAUCACAGAGCUAUUAAAGUUACAGUGGAUGGACCCCGGGAACCCAGAAGGCACAGACAGAAGCUUGAUGACUCUAAACCUAGUUUGUUCUCUGACCGCCUCAGUGAUUUAGGGCGCAUUCCUCAUCCCAGUAUGAGAGUAGGUGUCCCGCCUCAGAACCCACGGCCCUCCCUGAACUCUGCACCAAGUCCUUUUAAUCCACAAGGACAGAGUCAGAUUACAGACCCCAGACAGGCACAGUCUUCCCCGCCGUGGUCCUAUGACCAGUCUUACCCGUCCUACCUGAGCCAGAUGACAUCUCCCUCCAUCCACUCCACCACGCCGCUGUCUUCCACACGGGGCACUGGGCUUCCCGCCAUCACUGACGUGCCCAGGCGCAUUUCAGAUGAUGACACUGCCACCUCUGACUUCUGCCUCUGGCCUUCCACUCUCAGUAAGAAGAGCCAGGCAGGUGCUUCAGAACUGGGCCCUUUUUCAGACCCCAGGCAGUUCCCAAGCAUUUCAUCCCUCACUGAGAGCCGCUUCUCCAACCCACGAAUGCACUAUCCAGCCACCUUUACUUACACCCCGCCAGUCACCUCAGGCAUGUCCCUCGGUAUGUCCGCCACCACUCACUACCAUACCUACCUGCCACCACCCUACCCCGGCUCUUCCCAAAGCCAGAGUGGACCCUUCCAGACCAGCAGCACUCCAUAUCUCUACUAUGGCACUUCGUCAGGAUCCUAUCAGUUCCCUAUGGUGCCGGGGGGAGACCGGUCUCCUUCCAGAAUGCUUCCGCCAUGCACCACCACCUCGAAUGGCAGCACGCUAUUAAAUCCAAAUUUGCCCAACCAGAAUGAUGGUGUUGACGCUGAUGGAAGCCACAGCAGUUCCCCAACCGUUUUGAAUUCUAGUGGCAGAAUGGAUGAAUCUGUUUGGCGACCAUAUUGAAAUUCCGCAGCAGUGGCCUAGUGCUAUCUGGGGCCACAUCCCACAUGUAUCAAUAUAUACAUAUAUAGAGAGCGCAUAUAUAUGUAUAUCAAAUAGCUAUCUACAAAGUGCCUACUUUUUAGAAGAUUUUUUUCAUUCACUCACUUAUCAUGAUCUUACAACUCUGAGAGGGUAGCUAUUGAGAUGCAGAAGGCCCGUGAGAGGCGAUCAUAAUCAGGUUUCAGAUUGUUUACUAUUUAAGAUGUGCUUUUACAAAGGAACAAACAAGGGAAAAGGUAUUUUUUGUUUUUGUUUUUAUUCUCUCUCUCUCUCUCUUUUUUUUUUUUUUUUUUUGGUCUGUAUCGUAAAUAACCUGUUCAUAUGUCAACUCAGAGAGGUGGAUGACAGGUUCUGGAGGAAGAAGAGCAAAGCUGCUUCCUCCCUGUGCUUUGAAACCACACACCCUCUCAGUUGCGACUGUGUGUGGAGCAGUGCACUCUGCAGACCAGCUUACAAAGCCAGCCAAGGCGCACAUAAAGGGAAGAGAGCCAGAACGGAUGCUUCCCUUACGGUACGAUCCAUUCAGAGUCCGGCUCCCUAUGUGCUUUCACACCUGCUGCAGGCACUCAUCUGAACUAUGGGUUCGGUUUUUGUUCUCUCUGCUCUACAAAAGUGACUUCAAAAAUACCGAUCAGGACAGAUUAUUUUAUUUCACUUUUUUAUAUAUUUCCCCCUCCUCCUUUUCCCAUUUAACCGAAAAAAGAAGUCCUACCCCUAAAAUCCCUCUUCUCCUUUUAUGCAAAACUGAAAAUGGCAAUACCUUAUUAUAGCCAUAUUGGUAUAGAUAGUGUUUGUGUUUGGCUGUGUGUUAUUUGUUUUCUUUUUUUUUUAAAUUAUGAAUAUGUGUAAAAUCUGAGGUAACUUGCUAACGUGAAUGGUCAUAUAACUUUAAAGAUAUAUUUAUAAUUAUUUAAUGACAUUUGGACCCUUGAAACAUUUCUUAGUGUAUUGAUAUGUUGACUUCGGUCUCUAAAAGUGCUCUUUAUUAAAUAACAAAUUUCUUUAGUGGGCUAGAGCCAUAUCUGAAAUAUUGCUAAGCAAUUUCAGUUCAUCCAGGCACAAUGUGAUUUUUAAAAGUACUUCCAUUUCCAAAUAUUUUAGAUGUAGCUUGUUUUUGUGAUGUAUGAAGGAAAUGUUAUGUUUAAUUCUUUCACAUCUUCGAUUGCCUCUAACACAGCUUUGCCUUUUAAAGCAAUAAAUAGGGAUUUAAAAAACAACCCUUUGGCCCUUUGUCACUUACGUGGCCCUUUAUCAGCAUGAAAUGCUAGAGUGAUGUGGUUUCCUAAUUUCUUUGGGAUAAUUAUGACUCUUGUCAUAUUAAAAAGACAAGCACAAAUGACUCACUGAACUUCAGAAAGAUGUUCUGUGGUUUCAUAGUUAAGUAAAACUCUAAAUCGCCAGGCUUCACAGUGAAGACAAAGUCAGCCUAAAGCCCCACAAGUGGGUAAGGGAUCAGUCAUGAUACCCAUAGUCCAGGAAAGCAGAAUGUGUACACCAGGGAUUCUUAGCCGACCAACCUUACCAAACAGUAAAUCAAGAGAGCCCAAAUCCACCUUCCCGAAGGCCCCACUGGCAGCUUGCCACUGAAUUUGCAACUGAAGGAGCAGAAUGAAGUCAUUGUCCUGUGGGCGCCAGUCAUCUGAAGUAGCGCCAAGAUGCUGCAGGUAGCUGAUGUGAGAGGACGUACAGCCUGUGGGGACCUACAUUUACAGCCUUUGGCAUUGGUAGUUCUCACAAGAAGAGUCAAGGGAGGUCAAGGCUAUCUGGGUUUGGUGUCCGUCUACUACUGUCUAUGAAUUUGAGCUAGAGCCCUCCUGUAGGAUGCACUUUGACCAUGCCUGGUGGCCACAUGGCAAAUUUUCAAGAGCAGAUCCUUAAUCCCAGCCAAGAUCACUUCAUGACACCAUAAGGCAAAUCCCUGUCAUCCUGCCCACGCAGGUCAGGGCCCCUUUAUUUGAAUCUGGUGCUCUCCUCAGCAGAGCUUCACAGAGAGCUGCCUCCAGCCCCCAGAACCCUCCUUACUCUCUAGUCAUCCCCAAGCCCACCUUUGCAGGCCACCAAGCCUUGUGAGACAGCCUGGGGACAAUUGGACCUGUGCUUACUACCUGGGAGUCUCCCUUGGAAUUCAUUCUGACUCUUUCUAAUAAAAAUUGAGUGGAAAAUGAAACAAAACACUUUGCCUUCUAAAGGUUGUAUACCAAGUAUGCUUACAUAAACAAGCCACUUUCCUAUGACUUAAGCAAGAUGGAAGUAGUAAUGGAUUCUAUUUAUUGUUUGUGUGUGGUAGCUUGAAGCACACCACUGUCCAUUUAUUUGUCAGUGUAAAAUAUGUGUGUUUGUUCAGCAGCACUUAAAAAAGCCAGUGUCUGGUUACACAUUUCAAUUUUAAUUAAUUGACAUAAAAAUGUUACCGCCAGUGCCAGCUGUACCCUAUUUAAUAAUAAAAAGGUACUAUAUUUGUACAUUAUUUUUUAAUGUUAAAAGGGCUUUUUUAAGUUUACAGUACACAAACUAAGUGACUUUAGGGAUGCUUUUGUGUUGAAAUGUUAUUAUAGUGGCUGCAGGCAGCAACCCAGAAACACUUUAGAAGUUUUUUUCCUUAGGAAAAAUUCAAGCACUUCUUCCCUCUACCCUCACUGCAAUCAUCCCAAUGGGGUAAUUCACAUUUCUUAGAACGAAUUCUGGCCUACUUUGGCCUAGGGGGCUAAAACUUUACUCCUCUGUUCCUUCCCUCCCUCUCUCCUUUACCAUAUCCUCCCCUCUUCUCUCCUCCUCCUUUUCUCUUUCUCUCCCUCUCUGUCUUUUUCUUUUUCUUUUUUUUUUUUUUUUUAAACUGAACCCUUAAUUUGCACUGGGUCAUAUAUGAUUUGUGAUUUCAAGACCAAAGCAAGUCUUACUACUCCUAUGGAACCAUGUAACUAGCCAACACUCUAUUUCCUUGGGGUUAAAAUAGCACGGUUCUUAGUGUAGCACAAAUGUUGCUGGAAUUUACAGCAUGACCAUUGCAGCCACGUGACUCUGCCUUUAGUUCUCCUACAAAUUGUAAUCUAUGUCAGAAUUCCAGAAGAAGUACCCCAGCUUUGGUUUUAGAUUAGUGGAAUGACAUCCAGCCUGGAAUUGAGAGACUUAACAUAUUCAUUUUUAUUUGCUCUUUAGACUGUCUCCCAUCCACCCACAUUGGCCCUUUAAUGUGAGCGGCAGAAUCCACACUGUCCAUUAGGGACCACCCAUUGUAAAUUCAGAAGAGAGGAGAUGGAAGGGACUGACCCAGGGUCUAGGUAUAUACAUGGAAACACAAAGCAUUAACACAAGUAAUAAUUCUACCUACGGUAUUUGAAAGAACAAUAAUAAACAAAGUAAAAGAUGACUCUUCAAAUCUUAAAUUUGUUGUUUUUUAAAAAGAUAAUGCGUUUAAAAAUUAUUUUCUAUGUGAGAAUUUUUUAGAUGUUUGUUUACUUCAUGUUUACAGGUAAUUGUUUGCUUUUUAAUGCAGUACUUUGAAAUAUAUCAGCCAAAACCAUAACUUACAGUAAUUUCUUAGGUAUUCUGAAUAAAAUUCCAUUUUUUUGGAUAUGCUUUACCAUUCUUAGAUUUCUGUGGAACAAAAAUAUUUGUAGCAUUUUGUGUAAAUACAAGCUUUCAUUUUUAUUUUUUCCAAUCGCUGUUGCCCAAGAAUCGCUUUCCAUGCACAUAUUGUACAAAUUCUGCUUUGUGCCACAGGUCAUGAUUGUGGAUGAGUUUACUCUUAACUUCAAAGGGACUAUUUGUAUUGUAUGUUGCAAUUGUAAAUUGAAUUAUUUGGCAUUUUUCAUGAUUGUAAUAUUAAUUUGAAGUUUGAAUUUAAUUUUCAAUAAAAUGGCUUUUUUGGUUUUGUUA